AUGAACAUGCAUCGCUUAGUUAUAAGCUUAAUUGUAUUUCUGUUUUAUCUAGUGGUAAGCUUUUUUGGAUCAGGUCUGUCUGCUGCUUGCUUAUAUUUCAUUACGUCUUCUCUUGAGAAUCUCGUGUUAUCUUCAAUAUUUGAAGCUCUUUCCAGCGUGGGUAUAAGUCUUAUGUAUUGUAUCGCUGUCGAGUUAUUUCCUACAGAAUACAGGGGAAUGGCCGUAUCUAUAGGUUCUACGUUUGGAAAAAUUGGCGCACUUAUGGGUAAUAUCAUUGUUGGAGUAUUUAUCGAUGCUCUUUGUGUAAUUCCAAUUUUGGUAUCGUGUUCAUUUUUGAUAAUUUCAGGAUUAUUGGUGCUAACAUUACCAACAACAGGGAAAACAAACAUACGAUGAAGUUAUAAUAUCUGACGAUAUUAUUUUAUAUUUAUAUCAUAGAAAAAUAGUGUAUUACACCGUUUCACAAUUUUUUAAGGAAACAAAUUUGUAUGAAAACUGAUAAUUUUUAGAAGUAGAGAGGUUAUUGUAUUACUAUAUGUUAUGUACCUAUUAUUAAUUAUGUUAUAACUUUGUUUUCCGAGUACUAAAAUAAUUAUUUUAUCUACAUUUGUAUUGACA